AUAAAUCUAGAAUGCCUGCAAUCAGUCGCACUAAUUUUGAAAUAUCGUUGAAGUGAAAACGCAAUUUGAGUAGUUUUUCGGAACUGUAAGCAGCUCUAGCUUGAUCGAAAGUAAUUCGAAUAUUUUGCUCUAACUUUUUUGUAAUUGUGUGUCUGAAAAUUGAAAAAAAUUCCUUGUCAUCAAUAGCUCUCUUCUCGCCAAAUGUGAUCGGAAAGUAACAAGAGAUUCGUCGCUUAAUCCAAUAGUGAGAGGAAUCAAAAGUGUACGAAAACAUCAAACCAACCUUUGAAGUUGCUCUUCCAGACAUUAUCGACUGUCGAUCCACAUCUCCUUUGCUCGUGCAAAUUAUUUUUGUGAUCGCAUAGAAAGUCACGCCGAUAUGUCAGGAAGCAAGCCACCAACAAAACAAAUGCGUUACAAUCUCCGCAGCCUAUCACGUACAAAUGCUGUUGUUGCAUCGCCAGAACCAAAACGAAAGCGACCAACAUCGAACAUUCACGAAUUGAUGGAUCUGAAUGACCAUUGUUUGUUAAAAAUAUUCGAGUUCUUGGAUCCAAAUCUGGUCGACGUCGUUCGAGUCAACAAACGUCUAUAUUCCUUGGUCAAUUAUUACAUGAACUUCAAAUACAAUCUUCAGUUCAAUGAGAAUUUCGAAUUCGCAACGGAAAAUGGCAGCCCAGUCAGUUUGGAUGUAGCUCGAACAUUCCUCAGUGUUUUUGGCCACAAAAUGAAAAUUUUGAAGCUUUCCAGCGGUUCGUUCAUUCUACCAUCUCCUCGCACUGAUAUUGGUCUUAUUUUGCCGAUGAUUCAACAAUUCUGCAAUUUGCAGGAAUUGACGAUCAAAGACUUCGGAAUGUGCGGACUUCUGCAGAGUUUUUUCACACAACUUGAUUCGCUGACACUCGAUAACUGCUCUGUUAGCCGUGAAUGGUGCAAAAUGAAGCAAUUAAAGACAUUGAAGCUUAUCCACUUCAUUGUACGUCGAUGGCCUAUGGAAUAUUGCUCGAGAGAGGCUUAUUACGAAUUCGGGCUCAAACCAGGUCCGAUUAAAAUUCCGGUUGCAAAUUUCGGUGGUUUGAAAGAGUUGCAAAUCUCGGACACAAACUUGGAGAAUCCUGCAGUGGUCCAACUCAUCGAAUUGAAUCCCUCACUGGAAAAGUUGUCAGUUACGAAGAAUGUCGCGGUCUCAACCUUUGUGUUUACUGCAGUUCAACGGCUGAAAAACUUGGUAGAAUUCGAGUUCAAAAAACCGCUCCGAAAAAAUUCACAGUCGAAUACUGCAUAUCAUAUGGUCUCAUUGUUCUCACUGAAGAAGUUGAAAACACUUAAACUCUUUCACAACAUACCCACAAAGCAGCUAAUGGAAGGCUUUGUCAAGAACGGGAUUGCCCUCGAGCACUUGGAAUUGGGUGGCAAUAAUUUCGAUGAUCAAUCGGCUGAGAGCAUUGUCAAAAUGUCUUCGAUAAAAGUUCUUAAGCUGAAUGACAUGUUUGGAUUGAAUGAGGAACAACUUUUGAUCAUUGUGAAAGGACUGGAAGGUCUUGAAGAGCUGCAUGUGAAGACAGAGGCGAACGUCACCCAAGCAGCGCUGUUGGGAAUUGUACGUGAAGCACAUCAUUUGCACCAACUAAAAAUUGAUGGACUCAUCACACCACUCGACGUUGAAACAUACCAGUCAAUGAUAACGGCCAUUCAGAAUAGAAUCGAACGUAUCGGACUUCGAAUAAUAGUUUUCGGAAGUGGGGAGAAUUCAUUCACGCAAAAUGUGGUGCUGGACGAAGGAAACGAAGAAUGGCUUUCAAUUGAAGAGCUUGAUCGGACCAGCAACCACUUGUUCGAAGUUUUGGAAUCAAAGGUAUCGCUGAAUCCGCCGGUAUCGCGAUAUUAUGACAGCGACAGCGACAGUGAUAGUGAUUAUGACGACUAAUAUUGAAUCUUUCCGAAAAUUUAGUUCGUCGGUUAUCAAUUUUGUAUGAAUCGUUCUAUGCAAAUGUGUUUAGAUUUAAUUUUGAUCCAAUACAAAAUGUUUUCAUGAAACAUGGGCAUUAAAAGCGAGUUAACAGUCACUAGCAGUGACUAGGAAUAAAAA